ACGGGGGUGUGAGGCGGAGCAGCCCCGCUGCCCUCGGCAGGGAGCUGCCCUGGCGUUAGUGCCGGUUUGGGCUCUGGUUUCGCCGUUAAGGUGUGAGUGUGUUGCACAAGAGCUGGCGGUGAUGUUGGGCUGCAGUGUUGGUGUGUGUCUGUAUGUGUAAACAGAUACAUAUAGCCGUAUCUAUAUGUGUAUGUGCAUGGUUAUGUAACUCCAAAGGUUAUUGAAACGGGUGGCGCUUGGAGGAAGGAUGUAGAAAGAGAUUGCUGUGUUAUAUUUAGGAAAAGAUGAUGGACAGUCGCUUUGCCAGUUGCAAAGAGGUCGUAAGUGAGGAGAGUGAGGAGGAAAGCAAUGGAGUCAACUUGAUGGAAUUCUCAGAUGAAAUCCUUCUGCACAUCCUCAGCUAUGUCCCUUGCACAGACCUGGUCCUCAAUGUCAGGAGAACCUGCAGGAAACUUGCAACACUUUGCCUUGACAAGAGUCUAACACAUACAGUCCUGCUUCAGAAGGACUAUAAGGUAAACAAAGACAAAGUGAAGCAGCUGAUGAGGGACAUUGGAAAGGAGAUCUACCAGCUGAACAUGGCCGGGUGCUACUGGCUGCCCAGCUCCACGAUCGACCACGUCACACGGUGCAAGAACCUGGUGAAGCUGAACCUGUCCGGGUGCCACAUCACCUCCCUGCGGCUCUCCAAGAUGCUCUCCUCGCUGCAGCACCUGCGCUCCCUGGCCAUUGACGUGAACCCGGGCUUUGAUGCCAGCCAGCUGAGCAGUGAGUGCAAAGCCACCCUCAGCCGCGUCUCGGAGCUGAAGCAAACCCUUUACACACCCUCCUACGGGGUCGUGCCGUGCUGCACCAGCCUUGAGAAACUGCUGCUCUACUUUGAGAUCCUCGAUCGCUCGCGGGAGGGGUUUAUGCUCUCUGGGCAGCUGAUGGUGGGCGAGAGCAACGUGCCCCAUUACCAGAACCUCCGCAUCUUCUACGCCAGGCUGGCUCCUGGCUAUGUCAAUCAGGAGGUGGUGAGGCUGUACUUGGCAGUACUGAGUGAUCGGACACCUGAGAAUCUCCACGCCUUCCUCAUCUCUGCCCCCGGCAGCUUUGCGGAGACGGGAGCCACCAAAAACCUCCUGGACUCCAUGGCCCGAAAUGUUCGUCUGGAUGCUUUACAACUGCCCAAAGCCUGGAUUAACGGCUCUGGGCUCCUGCAACACUUGAAGUUCAACAACCCUUUCUACUUCAGCUUUAGCCGAUGCACCUUAUCUGGCGGCCACCUGAUCCAGAGGGUCAUUAAUGGUGGGAAGGAUCUUAAAAGCCUGACCAGUUUGAAUCUCAGCGGCUGCGUUCACUGCCUGGCCCCGGAGUCCUUGUUUCGGAAAGCAGAAGAUGACAUCGACAGCAGCAUUUUGGAAAGCCUGGUAGUGUCUUGCUGCAACCUGAGACACCUGAACCUCUCUGCAGCUCACCAUCACAGCUCUGAAAGCAUAGGGAACCACCUGUGCCAGCUCCUGUCCAGGCUAAAGCACCUGCUCUCAUUAGCACUACCAGUUUGCUCCAUCACAGAUGUUGGUGCAAGCGUGGAGAAGCCUCCCACCACACCUAAUUUGGUGCCCCAAACAUUUGGAAGGAAAGUUCGGAUUGGGGUACAGACAUAUCCAAGGAACUUAGGGGACCAGACAAAUCAGAAGAUCGAGUCUUCAGUGUUUUGGGCUCUGAUGGGAAGCCUCAGAUUUUUGGAAACCUUGGAGAUAAUUGGGUCCAGUUUCUCCUCUGCCAUGCCCCGCAACGAGCCAGCAAUUCGGAACUCGUUGCCUCCCUGUGUCCGGGCCCAGAGCGUGGGGGAUUCAGAGGUGGCUGCCAUUAGCCAAUUGACUUACCUACAGAGCCUCACCUUAGCACAGCUGCCAAAUAUUCUCACAGGCUCUGGGCUUGUCAACAUCGGGCUGCAGUGCCAGCACCUGCGGACUCUUUCCUUGGCCAACCUGGGCAUGAUGGGCAAGGUGGUCUAUAUGUCUGCUCUCAUGGACAUGCUGAAACACUGCAAGUGUUUGAGAGAUCUCAGGCUGGAACAGCCCUACUUCUGUGCGGGUGCCCAGUUCUUCCAGGCACUGAGUCACUGCUCCUCUCUCCAGCGGCUUUGCAUCGUCUCCCGGAGCGGGACUCUGCAGUCUGACGCAGUGAUGUCAUUCAUGGCCAGCUGCCUUGAGGUCAUCAUGUGCCACAUGUUUAUGGGAGAGUCUCUUACCGUUUGCAAAAAUCUCCAGCAGUCCAUUGUCCGGAGUUUCCAGGCAGAACGCCCUGCAUUAAACGUCGUCAUUUUCCCUCUGCUUCACGAGGACUUGACAGAGGUCAUCAGAGAUGUCCCCAUGAGGCACUUGGAUGAAAUUACCUUGUUUAAAAGCAGAGUGGCUGAGGAACCUCCCAAUUUGUGGUGGUGACUGCCACAGCGUGGAAAGGACAAGUCAGUGUGAACCCAUGGAGCAGCUUCUUGUUGGCCUGGAUUUCCCAUCCUUGACUCCUGGCCACCUCACUGGAUGCUGUACAAUCACUUCAACCAGGUGCAAUUUCAAAAUAAAAAAAAGCUGGUUCUUUACAGUGGGGAAACAUCUAUUGGAUAUUGCUUGCAUCUGAAAAUCCUGUCUCAAAGGCUUGUGGAAUCUGAUGAGUGUUUCCUUGCGGUUAAUAUGAAUCGUUUUUGUUAUUUUACUGAAGUUAAAGGUAAGAGAAACUGACUUAACAAUGCUCUUUCCCCUGUGUCCCCUGGUGUCUGUCCCAAGGGCCCCUGUGUACGUUGGCAGUGUGCUUUGUGGUUUUGGUGGAAAUCAUUCUUUGCUUCAGUCUGUUUUUGGCAAAGUAGAAAGCCUAGGCCAGCUCAGAGGCACAGAAAUGUGUUGCUCAAUUGAAGUGCAUCACAUCUUUUCUAUGUUACAAAUAGGCAUUUGUAGUCACACACAUGCAGUCACAGAUAUUUAAAGGGGUUUUUUUUUUGACUGAGAAGUACCACAAGGACUCUUUAUUUUUUACUAACAAAUUAAGGUCAUUAACACCUUGACCAUGGUAUGUUCCUGCUGGUGCUGUUUCCGUUGGUCUUGUGGAAGAAGUUCUCAGCUCUUUUGGCAAUCCUUGUCCUAGGGUAGAUGGUGCCUACAGUGAAUAAGUUGAGGCUCAGAUCUGAUUUAUAUGCAGUCUGUCUUGCAGUGUAGAUGGGAAUGUAGUGUUCCAGUUCUGUCCUUAUAUCCCAUGCCUUGAGCUCAUGCUAAUUUUAGAGAUGUUAUGAAGUAUUUUCACAGUGUGAUUUCAGUCAGCUUCUCUGCUCCACAGAACUUCCUCAGGCAUCAGUAGUGGUCUGGAUCACUUUCAUAUUGCCUUAUUUACUGAGCACUUUUAAAAGCAUCAGACAGCUGUACCAAAAGCCAAGUUACAAAUUCCUGGAGCUACAAAUCUGGGUGGCAGAAUUUUCCUUGGUAGCAUACCAGGUCUGUCUUCUGCAAAGCAGCUGCUGACCAGAGCUGUCUAAAUUCACCCAAAUCCCGAAUGUGUUGAGCUCUGCUUUUCUGGGGAGGCCCAGAUUCGUCCAAAGAUGAUGUGCCCAUCUCCUUGUCAGCCUUUCCUACUCAAGAUGCCCUCUCCCAAAUGCUCUUCUGCCCUCAGUGUUCAUAGGAAGCCUGGUCUGAUGGGAUAGAUUUGAAAACAAAAUGCAUCUCCCAGCCUUGGAGGACUUUCUGUCCUUGCUUUCCAAUCAGCCAUGUGUGAGCCUGCCUGGAAUUGUGUCCCACAGGUGUAAAUCUUGAGCCAGGCUGUGACAACCCUUGUGCUCAAAGAGGUUACAGUAAAGAGCAGGUAAGUGUCAGGCUCUGCUAGCACAGGUCUGUGCCUUGCUGGGUCCAACCCUGGUGGUUUGCUGCCUUUCCUGAGGCUCUCAUCCUUCCCCUCUGAGGACAGGGAGCCAGCACAGUCUCUGGAGUGCAGCUGGCAGCAGGAAUGUGAGGCCAGCUCCCCUGGGAAUGCUGCAGUUGAGCUGUGAGCACUCCUCCAGUGUGUGAGGCUCUGCCUCAGCUUCAGCUCCGUGCAGCUGAGUGUGAGGAGCUGCUGCCCUGCUCCUGCCGCUGUUUUACCUCCCCCUCUCCCCCCUGAGGUCGUUCUUUCUACCUCUUGUCAUAUUACUCCCGUUUGAAUCCCCUCUCUUCUUUCCCUCUCUUCAGCACAUCAGGUGUGCUUUUUGACAGGAGCACGAGCUGCUGCUCUGUCCAGUUCAGGCCACUUCAGCUCUGCCUGGUUUUUGUCCGUGUUUCUUUCUGGGAUAACUAGCAGGACUGGGCAGAGGGUGUUUGCAAAGCUGCUUUCUCCUCCUUGUUGGAAGCACUGGCAAAGUUGCUUUGUCCUGCUUGUGCCACUGGCCUCAGGGCAGAGGGAAGGUGGAGGGUGUGGUGGCAGCUCUCUGAUGCCUUAGGGAACCUGUUCAGUCCUGUGAAGGAAUCCUGAUGUUUGGUUGAGUGAGGUCAUUCCCACCCUCAGCGGGGAUUUCCCCUGCAUAAACAGCUGUGGCAUCAUCAGGAGCUUGGCAGUGCUGCCAGCUCACCUCUUCCUGUUCCCCUGGAAAACCUGGACUGGGGGACAGUGGUGUGCAGAAACCAGCUGCUGCUUGAUUCUGGUGUGAAACCUUUGCUCUUGGGGUUGCAAUCACCUGGUGGAACAUGCUGUACACUUGGCUUGGCACAUCCAUAUCCACCUGCCUGGUGUGCUGCUGGAUGGGAGCAGCAGCCAGGGAUGUUUUAUAGUGCUGUUGUUCUCUUGCCAGGGGUAUGAUGUUUGGGCAUCUGUAUUCAUGCAAGUGGGUCACAAGUCCUGAUGAUGCUGCCAGUUAUAAGCAGGGCUAAGAAAGGUCACCCCCAGGUGAUAAAGGUAGCAUCCCAAACAGUCAUAAAGAGCUAAAAUGUCCUUCCACCCCCAGCUCCCCAACUCCGGGCCAGUGCUUGAUAUCUCUACUACAAAUCCUCUUAUGGUGAGUGAGAAUUUCCGCUGCUUUUGCACUCCAGGCAGGAUUCACCAGAUGUUAAUAAUGUGCUUAUUUUCUCUAAGUGCUAUUUUGGCAUCGGUGUUAAUUACAAUUUAUAUUCUGCAACAUUUACACUGGGAAAAGAACCCACCCUAAUAGUACCCAAUUGGCAGAGCUGGGCUAUUAAACACAGCUCCAUAUGUUCUGAGCAGAGCAGUGCAUGGGACUCAGAGCCCACUCAGCACUCAGGCAGGCAGCUGUAGAGGAAGAGAGGGGAGCAGAGACAGGGGUGUUCUGCUCCUGGGUUUUAUUUAAUAUGAAAUCCCCCCCCUCCUUUUUUUCUGUCCCCAUCUCUCCAGAAAUCUCCCUCCUGUUAUCUGUGAGCAUUUAAGGAGGUGAACUCUGAGCCUGCUGAUGCUGCUGUCCGUAGUCUAAAACAAAUGAAUUCAAUUCCAGAAGGUGCCCUUCUUACAGGGAGUGCCUCUGCAGGAUCCCAGCCCCUGCUGGACUGUUCCUUGCUGCCUUCCAGAGCAGACCUCCAAUCUAUGGGAACUGCAGCAGAAAUCUUUGCUUUGACCACCCCCAAAGUGUCCAUGGUUCUGUGGGAGAAGGAUAUUCUGGGACAGUUCUGUUCUUGUGCAAAACUCGAUGUAGAUUGCUGCUCUGCUCACGUCCAAAGUCUUGUUUGGCAAAAUGGCAUUUGGUUCCUGCAGGCUGGGAGGGUCUGGAGUGACCCUGGUGUGGGGAAUUCAGAGGGGCUAAGUCAUCUGUGUUCCUGUGGGUUUCUUUGGAGGGUAGGUUAAAGGACUGCUUCCUCAGCUGUUUGCAAAGCUGAUUUCAUGGUCUCUUUAGGAAAUGGCAGUGUAUCCGCUGCUCUGUUAGGAGAAGGGGCUGUGUGGUGACUGUCUCUUCUUCAGGAGAGCUCUGACUGUGGUCACUUCUCUGUCAGGGAGAAGGAGAGGAUGGGAAUGAGAGGAGGCACAGGGCAGGAUGGAGUCAUGGAUCUCACUCUGGAAGCCAGGCACACAUCCUGUGGCUCGGCCAGUUUGCUCACUUGUGGAAGGAGAGGAGGCUCCCCAGGUGCUGAACCCUCCCCUCCAGGUGAGGUAUUGCUCACAGGGUAGCAGAGGGCAGACCUGGGGCUGGUGUGCACUGAGAGCAGCAGAGCCACAGCCCCACUCACUGGGGUUUAAUUCCUAUCACUGCCUCCUCCUCUGCCAGGAGUGUGGGGUCCCAGGGAGCAGAGCAGGACCUGUCCCCUCACAUGGAUGUUCAGAGCUGUGGGACAGUGGGCAGGUGUGUGGGACCAUCCCUGUGAGGUGCUGGGUGCUUCCUUCCAGCAAUGCUGUUGUAGGAUAGGGCUGUAGAAAUUUGGGACUUUCCCACUGGUGGAGUGAACCAGUGCAGGAGGGUUGUUUCACCUGUCUAAGGGGGAUGCAAUUCCCUCUUGGCUGGUCCCAGCAGAGUGUCCAAAGCUGGGAGAGCAGCGCAGGAGCUGUGCUGGGUGCUGCAGAGCCCAGUCUCCUUCCACUGCAGCUCUCCUGCCUCUUUGAGAUGCACAGGCAGCCAGGGUACUCCAGCAGGAGAAUCAUUUCCAUAGAAACCAAUUGGGAUGUUGUACGGGGAAUAAUGAUUAAUAGUGAAGGGAUGUUGCCUCAGGCCCUUUUCAUUUUUUAGGGGGCAGAGAGGGACAAACUGGGGCACAGGUAGGGGGACAGGGAGACUUGAAAACUAAUGGAAACCAUCUCUUCCAUUAAUUUCCAGGGCAGCUUCCCCUCUUCUCCUCCUACCCAGCCCCCACUGCUGCUCCCAGCUUUCGUCAAAUUUUCAAAAUGGCUAACCUGGUUAGAAAUAAUCAUAAUAAUAAAAAAGGAUGGAUGAGGUCUGACUACUAACAUUGUUGCUGUUAGCAGCAGGAUUUCAGCCAUAAAACAUGAAGCAAGGGAGGCAUUGACCUUUCCGCUGUUUGAAAUGAAUGGAGACAUCAAUAUCUAUUGUUUUGUGGCAUUGACCUCUGACGCUCUCAGCUCGCCCUCCCCUUUCUUUUUUUUUAAUUUCCCCCUGACACUGGAGGAAAGGGGUCAGUCUGUACCAUCUAUUGAUCCCCAUCUUACUUGGUGAUAGGGAAAUAAUUAGAAUUUUAAAGAUCUCUGCUGCACGCUGGUGAAAUACAUACACAGAGGCACAGGCUAAGCCCCCGCUUGCCAUGUUGUGUUCUACCCCCUUCCUUGCAGAGAUCCAAAGCUCUGAGAUCUGAAGGAAGGCAGAUCAAUAUAGGUUUAAUCAUGAUGGGGGUUUUAUUUCAGUUUUUAAAUAGUAAAGUGUAACAUUUUAUGUUAAUGUUGUCAGAGCCUGGCUGCCUGGUGCCUUGUUUUAUUUAUUCUUUUAAGUAGCCCCUUCUUUUGUGAACUUCAUCUAUGUACAGAGAAUGUGAAAUCAGGCAUUGCUAAUUAGCUGUAUGACAAUUAAGUAAUGUAGCACAAAACCAUUAGGACACUGGAUUUGUUUUUGAAGUUUGUCCUUUGAAGUGGAAGCUGCAACUCCCUGCCCAAGGCUGCUGGGGAAAAUGUUUUUCUAUCAAAACUUUCUUUGAAAAUAAAAUGUCAGUGUAAGAGUCCCUAUUUCUGUCGUCUCUCCCUCUAAACAGCGGGUGGAAAUUGUUUCUCCUUGUAAAAACUGCUGGCAUUGAUAGAAAGGGGAAUUCAGGAAAGCAUUAAAUGGGCAGUUGGUCUCCAAACACCCUCAAUUCUGGUAGAGACGUUACCAAAAAUUCUUGUUUAGCUCCUUGAAAGGGAACGGUGCCACACUAGGAGAGAAGACCCAGCUCACAGCUCUGGAGAUGGCAAAGGGAGGUGGUACUAAAACUGGGGGUUCAUCUCUGACACCCCAAGUGCCAUCAGGGUGACAGCCUGCUCACAGAUCCCUGCAGGCUCCUGGGUUGGGGCUCCUCCGCCCGUGCGCUCGUUUGACACUUGUGUUUGCAUCUGGCCCUUUGUCCUCGUAGUGAGUCCAGUUCUGAAUGUGCAACUUUCAUGUACGCUGGUGGCAUGUAAAACUUCAAAUAAAGAGUGGAACAUUUGGAACCA